GAACGGCCUUGCACUGUUGUGCUUGUGGAUGAUUCAAUCCACGAAGAGGAGGAAGAGCUGCGACUGGUCCUUGGCACUCCAAAAAGUGAUUCUCCCUUUGGAGCAUCCAUUGGAGAACUCAACGAGACUUUGAUCAAGAUUAAAGAUGACGCAGACAAGGCAAUCAUAAAGUUUGGAGACACCAAGUUUAGUGUGAGUGAACCAAAGGAACCCGGACAAAUCGUAGUUGUAAAAAUUCCAGUUGUUCGUCUAGGAGACACUUCAAAGGUCUCCAUUGUACGUGUUCACACAAAGGAUGGCUCUGCUACCUCUGGAGAAGAUUACAACCCUGUGUCAGAAGAAAUUGAAUUUAAGGAAGGUGAAACCCAGCACAUUGUGGAGAUUGAAGUGCUAUAUGAUGGAGUUAGAGAGAUGAGGGAAGCCUUUACUGUACAUUUGAAACCAGAUGAAAAUAUGGUUGCGGAAAUUCAGAUGACUAAAGCAAUUGUGUACAUCGAGGAAAUGAACAGCAUGGCAGACGUGACGUUCCCCUCCGUUCCCCAGGUUGUCUCUCUUUUUAUAUAUGAUGACACCUCUAGAGCCAAG